AUGGAAAACUUAGAAACAGGAAUAGGAAACUUGAAGAUAGAAUAUAUGGAGGAAAGCAGCUAUAAGGAGAUGUCGCAGACACGAACGAAGACGAGGUAUCGCGGGGUUUUCACAAUUUGUACAAUAAAUUUAAAUUUUCUUGGUAGCUUGGAAUGUGGCGAAGAAAGAUUUAUAAGGAAUGAAACAUGGCACUACAGAAUCAUUUACUGA